UUAAUCUUUUCAACUCAGAAGCAGUACCUUGUGUUUCUGUUUAUUUCAGGUCAUCUCAUCUUCAUCUUCGACAAUGGGUAUAUCAGCUUCGAAACGAGUAAAGACUCUUCUUUCCAACUCGGCCGAGUUUAAUUCGGCAUGCGACUCGGUCUACUCUUACUGCCUCUCACUCACUCAGCAUGCUUUUCCAGGUGUCUUUCUCUACCAACUCAACACCGCUUCUGAGAAACUCUAUCAGAUUCUCACCGUCGAUCAACCCCAUCCGAUCAUCCUCAAGUGGGUUUCUUCUCCUCCAACGAAUUCACAGGUCGACUCAGCCAUCGGAGUCGUAACUCGCCGCCCCAACAAGGAUUUGGGCUACGAUGAACACACCAUUGGGCCGAACCGGUUCAAGGAAUGGGCGGUGGAGCUAUUUGGGAGUGCGAUUGCGGCAAAUGCGAAUAAAGCGGUGCUCCGCCGAGUUCCGAUUGGAGUUGCGGGAAUCGUCGGCGUUGGGGUCGUAACUCGGUCCGGGAAAGACUUGGUUGGGACAGCGAUUGGAGUUUACGCGCUUGGCAUUGCCACUUCUAUUUAUUUGGGCUUAUGUAGUAGCAAUAAAUAGAUAAGUUCUUUUUUUUUUUAUAGCCAAUUAUGUAGAAACCUUUGCUUUUGAACUACUUUAAGUUUUUAGUGAAGAAUAAUUUGUUAAUAAAAUGAAACUCUGAACUUUGUUUGAGAAUUCAUACAUGAUAUUCUUAGCAAUCAUAAUGUGAAAAAGAAUAUUUUCUAGUCA